CAUGGCGGCUCGCGUAGUGCGCAGACUCUGUCAGGUGGCCAUGUGUAUGAAGAAGUACGCAGAGGACCAUCUGGGCAAAGUAUUCGAGGGGCUGUCUAGACCACAACGCUCACCCCUCAAGGAACAAGGCAACGUUCUCUCAUUUGAUGCCGGCUUCUUCAAGACAGAUUUUGAGCACCUUUUCCCAGACUCGGCAAAGCGGGUAGCGGAGAAGCUUCCGUCAGAGAGGAACCCGGCCGACCUCAGGCUCAUAGGGGCCGUACUGCGCAGUCUCAGUAACUUCAGGAAGUACCCUAGAAACAUCCAGGACAUGCUCUGUAGGGUCGUGCGGUACCAGAGUUUAGGCAUGAACCGCGUGGUGAUUAAGAAGGGCCAUCCCGGCACGGCGUUCUACAUGGUGUUCUCGGGGCGGGUAGGCGUGGUCACCACAGACGACCCUGAUGAACUGAUGCAGCGGGCCAGCAUGGUGGUGCUCAGGAAGGGGGACAUUUUUGGGGAGAUGGCUAUGAUUACAGGCGAACUCCGGAACGCGACCGUGCAGACCCUGGAGCAGACCGAGCUGGUGGUGGUGGACAGCUUCAACCUACAGGACAGCGACAUGCACGUUCUUCUCAAGCGGGACUUCAAGUACAAGUUUGACUUCCUCAGAAAACUGAGCCUGUUUUGUCCGUGGGGAGACGAGCCCAUGGAGCGGCUGGCGUCGCUGGCUAAGACAGAGACGAUGCACCACGGGCAGGUGGUGGUCACCGACAUGGGACAGGAACCUAACAUCGUCUUCAUCACCAAGGGUCACUGUGACGUCAUUAAGUUAGUGGACAUCUCGCAAGCGUCGACGGGAAUGGGAGAUGACGUGUCGAACGUCUCCGCGAAAAUCUCGUCCCAUCUGCUGGUGUCCCCGACUACUCUGACAAAAACACCGUCCUCACGUCACGUCUUACCGCCCAUCAGACAAGGUACAGCUUCUGAAGAGCUCGUGAGAAGUUCGGAGGAGACUGUUGCCGGUGAGAAGGAAGGAGAGGCGCGGAGUAAAGGUGCUGUGUUUGGAGUCAGGUUUAAGGAACAUCAGAGAUCGGCAGGGCUGCUGAAACAACUCUUGUCAUUCAGCGACAUCCCCAUGCCUGAUGACGUGACGAGACUAGAAAGCGGCGAUCACAUAGACGAGCGUUCCCGCGCCCGGGCGAAACGGAAGUACAGCCGCCGGAUCAGCCACUGCGCACAGCGGGUCGGCACCUUCAUGACUCUGGGAAAACUCGGACCUGGGAAAGUAUUUGGCCUGGCGCACGUGUCCAAGGCCCCCAUCCCGCCGCACCUGAGCCUGGUGAGCCGGGGCGCCAGCAUCCUGCACCUCACACUGCGGGACUUCCGGGCCGUGUCUGAGGGACAACCCGCCUUAGACGGACUCAACGCGGAAAAGGUGGAAGUGCCGCCAGACAAGGCGUUGUGUGAGAAGUUUUUCCAGGAGAGCCAAUGGGAGAGUUACAAGAGACGUGUGGUGGAGCAGACCAUGGUGGACAUUCACCGGCCUAAAGACGGACUGGGCCUGCGCAACUAUGACGUCAUCGACACCUACCCGACGUCUGAAGACAUACUCGUCAUCGACAUUGGGAGCAGUGCCCUGUCAUUUCUGCAAGGGUUGACAGAGGGCGCUGUUGUACCGCGCGAUCGGCAGACACCUGCGUCGCGGGCGGCGCAGAAGAGGUUGGGGAGUGAGUACAUCGCCAGUCCCAUCUUUGCUCGAGACAACAGAGGAAGUCUGCGGCUGAUAGACAUGAUCGAGGACAGAACAAGGAACCCGUGUCGGAACCAGUACGGACUGAAGUGCCACCAUCUUCCUCAGGACAGUCGGUGACAUGUGCACCCCAGUAAACACAUGAAAAGAAUCGUACGCUUGCCUCUAA